CGACAUUCGAAUCUAGCUGGUUUGUUGGAAAUGUAAGUACUAGCCCUGAUCAGCAAAUGCGAGCUGGAUCAGAACAUUCAGACGGGACUUCACGUCCAACCACCCGAAGCUUAUAUAACGACAGUCUUUAGACCGCAGCCUGAGAUGGCGUCGGGACUGUUGACGCCUGCGCGAUCUUGACCAUUGACUAACGCUCUUGACCUGUUGGUGGAGACAGCGAUGCCCCGUCAUCCUUGACCUCACAGCUGUCCAGCGACUCCGAGGAGUGAGCAAUAUAAAAGAGCUGCAUCCUGCCCUCGACUAGACAAGACAGAGCUCAUCGAGAUAAUCAUCGAGGCUCCCCGUACUGCAGUGUGGCAGAAUUCAGCAACCGCAGUUGGCCGUUACGUCCGAUCCCAGGUCCACGUGAAACUGCGGAGCAACGCGAGAUUCGAUUCAUCCGAUCGCGUUGGGCUGAUUAGCACUUCCUUCCUUCACGAUGUUCAGAAUGGCAGGGAUGUCUGUGCAGCUGCGGGCUUGCACGUGUUUGUUGAUGGUGGCCAUCUCCAUCUCAGAAAGUGGCGCCGCGGUGGAUGCCAAGAAGGUUAAGAAGCUCGAGUUCUACCUGCAUGAGCAAUUUAUCAGUGAACCGGGAUACCCGGCCACCGACGUUUUGGCAGCAUCGGCCACGGGAAAUACAUCUACAUACGCUUUUGGAAAUCUCGGAAUCUCAGAGCAAGUGAUCAGAGAUGGUGUCAGCAACGUUUCCACCAUUAUAGGCCGCGCUCCCGGAACCUUUCAGCCCAACAAGCAGGAGAGAACUUUUGCUCUGUACAAAUUAUUGACUCUGCAGACGAAGGAAUGGAACGGCACUCUCGUCGUCUUCAGUGACUGGAUUUCCGAUGCACCAUCGAAUGAAUGGACUGUCGUCGGAGGAACAGGAACGUUCAGAAUGAUGAGGGGAUAUGCGAUCAAUACUAAAGCAGAUGGAAGCGCACAGACUGCAUUUAUCACAUUCAAGUGGGAAGUUUUCCUCACCCCUUAUUAGAUGAAGGCGAUUGCCUAAAAGACCCGGCAGCUGAUGUUACUGCAUAUAUUCAUCGACUGGGUGGAGGUGUACACGAUGUACAAGGUUCCGAACUCUCUUGCAGCUCGUUGCAGCAGAUCACUAUCGAGUCAAUUGAAUUUAGCCUACACAAUGUGUACACCACGCAGUACAUGCGUUUCUGAUCACUACGUUUCAGAGAAGCUCAGCAUGUAAGAUUAAGAUUGUACAUGUUUUCUCCCAGAGCGAGGAUAUCAAUGUUAAACUGAUUACUCCUCUAUCAAUGCAUAGCUGACAUUCAGCAUUCCAGGCUUUCAUGUAAAGAUUUUACAAAUCCUACCUCGACAUCGAUAUUUCAUUCUCACUUUCUGAAAGAUAUUUAGUCUAAGAGUUCAGUUUAUUUCUGCGUAUCACUUGAACUGGGUUGCAACUCAGAGUACAGUGUGUCCAAAAUUGAGGCUACAAAAUCACGGGCCAUUCAACAACGUGAAAAAACUACUGUUGCUUUCUCUAUCUGAGAAACAUUUGUGGUGAUUGGUCUGAACCUUCCUUUGCUCAAUAAAUCGGGA